AUGAGGAGAGGACCAUGGUCUGCGCCCGUUCUUCUGCCUUUACUACUCACUUGUUGCCUGGUCCCUGCUUCCAGCCAGAUCCGGUACACUGUCCCAGAGGAGCUGGACCAUGGGGCUUUUGUUGGGAACAUCGCAGAGGACCUGGGUUUGGAUAUCUCCAAGCUGUCAUCUAGGCGCUUCAGGAUCGUGUCUGGAAGCAGCAAACAGCACCUGGAGGUCAACCUGGAAAAUGGCAUUUUAUUUGUGAAUGAGAAGAUAGACAGGGAAGAAGUUUGCGAGUUCCAGCCGGUAUGUUCAUUGCACUUGCAGGUGGUGAUGGAGAACCCCCUGGAGCUCUAUAGAGUAGAGGUGGAUAUUUUGGAUAUCAAUGACAACGCACCCAGCUUUCCAUGGCAGGAUUAUGUGCUGGAGGUGACGGAGUCAGCCACUCCUGGUGCCCGCUUCCCCCUGGAGAGUGCCCAGGACCCAGAUGUGGGCACUAACUCCCUGCGCACCUACAAGCUGAGUCCUAACGGGUUCUUCUCCUUGGAGGUGCAGAGCAGGAGCGACGGAAGCAAAUUUGCUGAGCUGGUUUUGGAGAGACCCUUGGACAGGGAACAACAGAAGACACAUCGGGUCCUGCUCACGGCCAUGGAUGGAGGGGUACCGGAGCGAUCUGGCACCGCUUUGAUUAUAGUAAGUGUUCUGGAUGCCAAUGACAAUAUUCCCACCUUUGACCAGACGUUUUACCGGGUCAGUCUACAGGAAAACGUGCCCCGGGGAACCCUUGUAAUUAAGCUCAAUGCCACCGAUCUAGACGAGGGCACCAAUGGGGAAAUAGAAUACUCCUUCAGCGGGCAUGCACCCCAGAAGGUGAGGGACCUUUUUAUGGUGGAGUCUCGCAGCGGCAAUGUGAGGGUUAAAGGGAUUUUAGACUAUGAAAAGUCCAAUCUGUAUGAGCUGUACAUACAAGCCAAGGACAGGGGUCCCUCGGCUGUGGCCGUGCACUGCCGGGUGCUGGUCAACCUACUGGAUGUGAAUGACAAUGCUCCAGAAGUCAUCCUCACUUCGGUGUCUACACCAGUCAUGGAGGAUGCCCCUCCAGGGACAGUCAUAGCCGUCAUCAGCGUCAUGGAUCGAGACUCUGGAGACAACGGGGAUGUCAACUGUGAUAUACCCCAAAAUGUCCCCUUCCAACUGCACUCGUCCUACAAGAACUACUACACCCUGGUGACCACCGAGGUCCUGGACCGGGAGGCUGUGUCGGAGUACAACAUCACCAUCAGCGCCAGGGACUUCGGUUCUCCUCCGCUAAUGACCAAGAAAGUCAUCAACGUGCAAGUGACGGACAUCAAUGAUAACGUGCCCACCUUCGUGCAGCCUUCCUACACUGUGUAUGUGAUCGAAAAUAACCCCCCGGGGGCUUCUAUCUGCUCCGUGACUGCCCUGGACCCGGACUCCAACCAGAAUGCCUACCUCUCCUACUCCAUCAUGGAGGGGCAGAUCCAGGGCAUGCCAGUGUCCACCUAUGUGUCCAUCAACUCGGACAGUGGGAAUAUCUAUGCCCUGCGCUCCUUUGACUAUGAGCAGAUCCGGAACUUCCAGAUCAGGGUCCAAGCUCAGGAUGCUGGCUUUCCUCCACUAAGCAGCAAUGUGACCGUCAACGUCUUCAUUCUUGACCAGAAUGACAAUGUCCCUGUGAUCGUGUCCCCUUUACCUAAGAAUGGCACUGUGGCCACUGAGAUUCUGCCCAGGUAUGCGGAUCCCGGCUACCUGGUGGGCAAAAUCUCAGCCAUGGAUGCUGACUCUGGCCAGAACUCUCGCCUUUCCUACCAGAUUCUCCAAGCUACUGAUUCCACCUUAUUCAGCAUUGCCUUAUAUACUGGGGAGCUGAGGACUAUACGAGCCUUGGGGGACAAGGAUGCUACAAGGCACAGGCUCUUGAUCCAAGUCAGAGACAAUGGUCAACCUGCGCUGUCCACCUCUGUCUCCAUAGUGUUGACUGUGGUGGACAGCAUUCCCGAGACCCCAUCAGAACUGAAUGAUCUCCCCCUAAAUUCAGAUCCCUCCACCACUUCCUCUCUAACUCUCUAUUUAAUAGUGUCCCUUGGCUCUGUGUCCUUUACAUUCCUAGUGGCUAUCAUUGUCCUCACCAUCAUUAAAUGUCACAAAGACAGACUGUCCCUGCAGGAUUACAAGUGCUCCUCCAUGCCUACCUGUUGCUGCUGCAUGAGAUCUGCAUCCUCAGAAGAUGUUUUCAAGAAUUCCAAUAUCAAUCUGCAAAUCUCAUCUGGGAAUAAAGUGCAAACCAACUGUAUGGAGUCUUCGGGGAGUGGUUCCCAAAACUACUGUUAUAAAGUGUGUCUGACCCCAGAGUCAGCCAAGAGUGACUUCAUGUUCCUAAAACCCUAUCAUUCAACAACCACCCAAAACAAUGAGAAAAUCCCUGAAAAAACAGUCCCAGGAAAAGGUGGACAGAACCCCCCAGCUGUAAACAAUGCAGUCAAUGAGAUAAAGCUUCCAAAUACUGACUGGUCACCGCAGAAGAUACAGAAACCAGGCCUUAAAAGCUCGCAGAGUCUUGAAGACCUUGGAACUCGAAAAGGUGUGAAAACAGAUCACGACAGACUACGUUCACUAGUUUCCCCAGUGACUGAUAUAAAGAAGACACCUCCAUCAUCAAAUGGUGUAUGGAGCCCCAAGUAUGGUGUACCGUUUCAGCAACACGUGCCAGCGUUGGACUAUCAACAUAAUGUUUAUAUUCCGGGGACACCCACAUUACUGGCCAACAAGCAUGGACACUAUAUAGAGCACGAGGAGAAAAACAGUUUUUCCACUUUUGGAAAGAAGAGGAAAAUGACAUCUUGUUGCGAUGUACAUGAUGAUAUGAUCAUUAACAAUGACCUAAAAUGA